AUGGCAAGUAUGAGGGCACGGGAGGCAAUUGCUGAAUGCCUUAGUGAAUUACAGUCUGAAUCCCAUGAAAAUCAGCAGAAAGCUCUGCUAACCUUAGCUUCAAUCACAAAGGUUAGUCCUCAAAAUAGGAACUUGUUAGCUCAAGCAGAUGGUUCUAUUUCUACCUUGCUCAGCCUGUCCAUGCCUCCCUCCUCUUCAACUAUUCAACUUCUCGCGCUUUCCAUUCUCUUCAACCUCUCACUCAAUCCUAAUCUGAAGCAGUCUCUAGCAGACAUGGAUAAGAUCCUGUUUCUCAACUCUGUGAUCCUAUCUUCAACUUCAGCUGAACCAAGCAGGAUAGCAGCUUCACUACUCUGCAGUUUGGCAAUGCUAGAUAAGAACAAGGCAAAGUUUGGAGUGGCUGGAACCGUUGAGGCUCUCGUAAAGGCAAUCUCGAGACCAAGAGGCCCUGCUUCUCAUCACUUUCUGAGCACAUUGGCUGAACUGGUGCAGUUUCAUGGGAAUUGCACGGUGGCUGUCCAAGCGGGGGCAGUUCCGGUUCUGAUCAAAUUAGUUGAAAGUUCUGAUUGUGAGGAUCUUGCUGGAACAUCACUGGCAAUACUCUGCUUGCUUGCAAGAUUUGAAGAGGGACUAACUGCUUUGAAAGGGACUGAAAAAAUUGUGCUAUCAAUGUUGGAAAUUUUGAAGGGAAGGUGCAUGUUGAGUAAAGAGGGAGCUGCUGAUAUUCUACUCCGUUUGUUUGAUGAAAGUGAGAGAUGCAUAAGAGAUGCUCUGAGGUUACCUGAGUUUUCAUCUGUGAUAGCUGAUCUUUCUGUUAGAGGAUCAGUCAGAGCUCGAGAGAAGGCUAGUUUACUCAUGAAGAAACUAAUGGAAGCUAACGUGGAUGUUGUUUAUGGCGAUGUUGGCGACAAAACCGCGGCUUAUUUGCAAUGGUAG